AUGGUAAACGGUGUACCGAUCUUGAAUUCGGAAUUUAAACCUUUGGGAAGUACACCACUCCAACGAAUGAAGGACAGACUGAAGGCGCAGUCAAGGGCUCGGAAAUCCAUUAAUCAACAAUUACAAAGUAAGGGUGGUCCAGGCAAAGCCGUAAUACUUUUAAACAUGGGCGAUUCCAUGGAAUCUUACUCUAUGGAUCUCGAGUAUGACGGUUUAUACCGUUCCUGGCCAUUCCUCACUACCAGGCUGGUAGUUGAUAAGACCAUGAUUCCGCUUGCAGGAGUCGCGAUCCAUCAUUUGAUAUCUUUAGAGGAGCAUGUUGAACAGAUCGCAAAGGAUUUUAAAUAUAGAACAUGUCGUAGUGACAUUACUACACCAACUGAACAAAUGUCUUUUAUGC